UCGAUAGGCUGUUACUUAGCACUCUCAAUUUCCCCAAAUUCAAAAACCUAAAAUCUCAAAUUCCGAUUUGAUUCCAGACCAAAUGGCGAAGGAGGCGAAGCAGUUCGCCAUCCCCCCGGUGGUUUUCCCCUCCGGCGGAAACCCCAGUGCCGGAUCCAACAUCCAGCAACGCCGCGUCCCAACGGCGCCGUUUCAACCACCCCGAUCCUCCGCCUCCAGCAUCCCCUUCAUGUCCUUCGACAUAGGCUCAGCCGCCGCCGCUUCCACCUCCGGAAGCUUUUACGGCGGUCCCAUCGGCUCCGGCUCCUCCUCCCUCCCCGGUGGCACCGGCUUCGAAGACGAGGAGCCUCUUCUCGACGAGCUCGGUAUUCACCCCGAUCAAAUCUGGCGGAAGACCAAGUCCAUUCUCCACCCCUUCCGGGUCAACCCGGACCUCCACAAGGAGUCCGACAUGUCCGGCCCCUUCCUCCUCUACGUCUCCCUCUGCCUCUUUCAGUUACUCGCCGGCAAGAUCCAAUUCGGCGUAAUACUCGGCUGGAUCAUCGUCUCCUUCUUCUUCCUGUACGUCGUCGUCAACAUGUUGGCGGGCCGUAACGGCAACCUAGAGCUGCACAGGUGCGCCAGCGUCGUUGGUUACUCUCUGUUGCCGGUGGUGAUUUUAUCGGCCACCAUGCUCUUUGUGCCUCAAGGCGGGAGUUUCGUGUUCGCAGUGGCUGCCGUGUUUGUUUUAUGGGCCACAAGGGUUUGCACCGGCCUCAUGGUUGCGCUCGUCGACGGCGGUGAUGAGCAUCGCGGCCUCAUUGCGUAUGCUUGUUUCUUGAUUUACACUCUCUUUUCAUUUCUGGUUAUAUUUUAGCAGCUUUGGUUAGGCUUUGUAGCUAUGGUUUGGUUCUGUAUGCCCCUGUGGUUGGGUGUUUUGAGUUUAGGUUGGAAAAUGUAGAAAACUGGAGAUAUUAUGGUUGAUUAGUAUUGGAUAAAUUUUACCCAACACGACUAUUGGAAAUGGAUCUGGUGUUACUCAUGGUUAUUAAUCUUACUGCUUUGUAAUGCAUAUCUUGUGCUAUAAGCUUGGAAAGGUUUGUAUAUGGUUUA